CGCAAUCUUCAGCUCCAUAUGGAUUUCGGCGCAACAAACAAUCCGCAAUCGGGGUUAGCCUCAAUGUCUUGCUUGUCUUGCAAGGAGCGGAAACAGAAGUGCGAUAAAGCAGUACGUUGCUGCUCCCGCUGCGAAAGACUCCUCUUGAAAUGCCAUUAUCCGAAGCCCGCAAGCCCUCCCAGCCCCCCGCCUUCUUCAAAUGGGUCCAAUGGAUCCCUGAAGGGCAACGAAGCCUUGAUCCAGGGGUUCGCCUCUAUUGCGGCCCGUGGUCAGGAAUACCAUGGGCAGGUUCUCAAUCUGAUUCUAGAGCACAGGCAGCACUUUGAGGACAUGACAGUCACCUUUUUCAAUUCCUAUCAUAAGUGGGUUCCAAUAGUGCACCGGGAAUCGUUUCGAGAAUAUAGGAAUGCAACCCGAACGGACAUUUGCCGGGGACUUACUACUCUAACAUUGAGCAUGUGUUUGAUAACGCGGCCUUUUAUGGAUGGAGAAACACCAGACCCACUAAGACUUUCUCUACACAAGGCAUUGAGCCGCCUAUUUUGGGAUCCGGAGUCAAUAGCUCAACCGACCUUACCUUUGAUCCAGUCAGGAGUAAUAUUAUCCAGCUAUGAGUACGGACAAGGCACGAGCGAUGCAGCAUACAUGAUCAUCUGCACAUGCUUGAGCAUGGGCCAAGUAUGCGGGCUAGGCAAGCCACCUCCAGGCCAUGAUCAAAUCCAGUACCCAUUUCCAGGCAUUUGGACUCCGCGAGACGAGGGUCUGCGGACAUGGUGGGCGAGUUUAAUCCAUGAAAGAAUGAUCAGUUUGAAGAACGGAGCGUUGAUUCGCCCACUGAAUAUCGAAACCGUAGAUACCCUUGAUGUCGCGGCCAGCUUGGAAAAUUACGAUCUAAUUUCCAUUUCAUUCUACUGUGAGGCACGAGCCGCCAAUUUUCCAGACCAGGUCUUGGAUCUCAUCCGCAAUGGCAGCACACACUCUUCGAAAAAACAACUAACCUUUCAAUCUCUGGACCAGAGGCUUCUUAUGUUCCUAAAGUCCCUCAUUGAACAGCAUCUAGGCACGUGCUGUGAAGCGGUUGCUAUCAGCGUCAGCGCGUUCGUUCACCUACAUCAAUGGCGUAUUGGUUCCACCGACUCUGCUUUCUCAGCCCAAGACCGGCUGGAAUCUUGUGACGCCAUUGAGGCGGUGAUAAAAAUCAUAGCCAACACAGGGACGAGCAUACCUCAAAACUUUCCUUGCCAGUCUCAGUACUCAAUACAACUGAUCUAUCAGCUUUCGGUCUCAAUCCGACAUCUUCAACAGAAUGGCAGAUCGCACUUGGAGAACUGGGCUAAACUCUUGGUGGUGAUGCUGGAGCACCAGCGAGUGAGAUGGAAAAUUGCAGGUGAAUACUUAUCAAUUCUUGCUAGAAAUUGAUAUCAGGGAAAGAUCGACUCUGCGAUCACACAUAUGGCAUCGUCUCAUUCUCGCACCAUUCAUAAAACUCCUUUGCAAUUCCAGUACCUCCUUCCGCUUCCUCUUUGAGGCCUGCAGUGACAUUCUUCUCCAGAUGCCCGAUACGACCCCAUGGAACGAUGUAGCCACCAUUUGUCUGAGAGUUUAUUUCGGGGUAGAGCCCGGCGAGGAGCCCUGUAGACGCACCGAAUAUCGGCGGGUGGAGGAAGAUACCCUUCUUUAAGUUAGUUUCAAUGAAGGGUAAAGGAGCUGUAUUGGGUUUUGGAAGCCUACAUUGAAUGUAUUCUCAAGACAAUUCGCAUAUCGCUGGAAGGGCAACCGAAGGUUUCGGGGGUUUAAAGUCUGGAGGGGACAGGUCAGCAUAGUGCGUUUCUAGUGUUAGAAAGCUUGUGCUGUAUCUUACCACACCAAUCAAGCCCUCGUCCUUGGUCCAACGUGCAAAUUCCC